AUGGUGCGGGUGGUGUUUCUGCAUCCAGACCUCGGUAUAGGUGGAGCAGAGCGUCUGGUUGUUGAUGCAGCAGUUGCCCUUAAAUCGAAGGGAUGUAAUGUCCAAAUCAUGACUGCCCAUUAUGACCCCUCGCACUGUUUCUCUGAAACCCUUGACCCAGACCUACCUGUGCUUUGUGUGGGAGACUGGUUGCCUACCAGUGUUUUGGGUUACCUCCAUGCCCUUUGUGCUUACCUGAGAAUGAUUUAUGUGGCAGUCUACUUGGUGUUCCUCAGCGGACUGGAGUAUGAUGUCAUCUUCUGUGAUCAGGUGUCCGUGUGUAUUCCAGUGUUGAGACUGGCCCGUCACAGAAAGAAAGUUUUGUUCUACUGUCACUUUCCAGACCAGCUGUUGACUCAAAGAAAAUCAUCAAUCAAAAAGCUUUACCGUGCUCCCAUCGACUUUCUGGAGGAGCACACCACUGGCAUGGCUGAUAUGAUUCUGGUGAACAGCCAGUUCACCGCAGGAGUCUUCAGGGAGACCUUUCAGAGUCUUAAAGGGAUCCAAACAGACGUCCUCUAUCCCUCCCUCAACACAUGCACCUUUGACCAGCCGCCCACUGAAUCGCAAGGGUUGUGGGGGCUGCUCCCUGAGGAAACCUCCCACCUGUUCCUCUCGCUCAACCGAUACGAGCGAAAGAAGAACCUGGGACUGGCACUGCGGGCUAUGGCGGCUCUGAGGAGCAUCCUUCCUCCGGGCCGGCGGGCGGGCGUUCACCUGGUGGUGGCAGGGGGCUAUGACGACCGGGUGAGCGAGAACGUGGAGCACUAUGGCGAGCUGAAAGAGCUGGCGUCUCAACUCCACGUAGAGGACUGCGUCACUUUCUUGCGCUCUCCCUCGGACUCCGUCAAGGUGGCGCUGCUGCGGGGCAGCCACGCCGUACUCUAUACACCGAGCAGGGAGCAUUUUGGGAUCGUUCCCGUUGAGGCCAUGUACUGCUGUUGCCCCGUUAUCGCCGUCAACUCCGGGGGGCCUCUGGAGAGCGUGGCAGAUGGCGAAACAGGCUUCCUGUGCGAGCCCACGGCCGAGGCCUUCUCUAAGGCCAUGCAGAGGCUUGUCGUGGAGCCGCAGCUGCGCAGGGACAUGGGACAAGCUGGCAGGAAGAGGGUGCAAGAUAAAUUCUCACUUGAGGCUUUUUCACAACAGCUCCACGGGUACGUUGUCACCCUAAGCCAGUGA